AUGGGGAUCUACAGCCUGCCGUCUCCGUCUGAGGGAGUUCUAACCCUCCUCAUCGUGAACACUGCCGUCUCCAUCUCCGUAUUCAAGGAGAUCGUCCGCUUCCUCCUCGAUGUCGUUGGCCUCUACCGCUCCCCCUCCGCCGAAUCUGACCACAACCCGGGCGCCCUCCCCUGUCCGGCGCACGACUCCAUCGCGGACCGGUUUCGAAGCCGGGUCAAGCCGGUCCGAUUCGGCUCCUCUUACCGGCCCGACGAUCCGAGUGGCCACCCCCAAGACUGCCGGGUCUGCCUCAGCCGGUUUGAGCUCGACUCGGUGGUGAACCGUCUGUCCUGCGGGCACCUCUUCCACCAGGGCUGCCUGGACCGGUGGCUCGAUUAUCAUCACGCCACGUGUCCUCUCUGCCGGACACACCUGCUCCCCCUGGACGAGGACCCCCCCUUGCCGCGGUGCUAA